GGCCAGCUACCAGAACUCGACGUUGCCUGCUCGCUUCGCUUCGUAUACCACACAACAUGUCCAAGGCCUCGCAACCAGAGCUCAAAAAGUUCAUGGACAAGAAAUUGUUCGUCCAUCUCCAAGGCGGCCGCAGAGUUAGCGGGGUAUUGCGAGGCUACGAUCUUUUCCUCAAUCUCGUGCUGGAUGAUGCUAUGGAGGAGACGUCGCCCGCACAAAAACACCCCAUUGGUACUGUCGUGAUUCGAGGGAACAGCGUAACAUCAAUGGAGACAUUAGAGUCCGUUCGAUGAAAAUGGAGACCCGUGGUGCUUCAUUGUGCGCUCUGUAUCUGUAUUCGUUUUCGUCUGCUAGCUGUCGAAUUGCAACGAUCGAGGGUAUACUACUCAGUCCUUUUUUCAUGCGC